GUUUUUUCUUUUUUUCGAAUAAAGUAUAUAGCAGAUACUUCGCAAAAUCCAUUGUUCACAGAUUUGGCUGACUAAAAGAGAAUACUAUUUUUAACGAAGUGAUUUUUUUUCUUUCGAAAAUAUCGAAAAAGUUCAUCAUUUUUUGUGUCCUUGCAGUUUUGUAUAUCUUCAGAAUUAAGCUUUGUAAUUAAAAUUUCAUUUAAAUAAAUUUUAGAAAUUAACAGAAAAAUCUGUUCUUAUCAUUUGUUUUCUCAGCUGAAAUUUCGUUCAUCGAAAGUCUCUUUUAUUUCCAGUCAUCAAUUAUUCAUUAUAAAAACAUUAAUUUUCUAUAAAGAAGUAAAUGUAAAGAAGUAAAUGUAGAGAUACUCGGUUCAUCUUCUGCCCGUUCUGCCUUGUCCCAUCUGUCGUGCACGCCAAUUAACAAACCUUGGAACGAGUGGAAAGUCCACUGACGAAUUCACUCUUCGGGAAAAUUACGAUCUCCUAUUGGUCCCGACUCAGGCAACGGACGCAAAUAAAGGGGAUUUGAAAACUGUAAGAGAGAUGAGUAAUCUGUAACUAUCUUAUAUUUCACUUCAUCAUUAUCCUGCAUAUGUGUCUAUAUCCAUUUAUACCUGGUCGUAGAUACGAUAAAAGGCCCCUCUGAGUGGUGGCUACUCUCGCGAGGUAUGCGUGACCUCCGAGGAAGAGGAGAGGACCUCCGGGUAUCAUAUAGAGGGGCGCAUAGUCGUGACGCUGAUCCAGUCUUCCGUACAGCGUCGUUCACUUGAAACGUCUCGGUGUGUCGUGUGCUUCGUGCCUUUUUUUUCCUUUUUUUUUUGUUGUGGAAAAGGACGAAGGAAGAGAUUUUCGUUCGACGGAAAUGCACGUGUGACAAUGCGUCCGAAUCUCGGUCGUGACCAAGAGAGUUGAACUCCCGGCGACGCGUGUCGCAUAUUGCAAUAGUGUGAAUUAUUUAUUCUUGCACGUGCUUGUCGUCUGUCAUUGAUCCCGGAUCUCUCGAAUUGUCAAUUAAAUCGAAAUGCUACCGACAAUGACAAGCUGGAAUUUGCUACUAUUCUUACUUCAGUUGGUUGCUUAUGAAAGUCAAUCGGAGACGAUAAUAACAGCGCACAAUGAUUUUGGUCUGACACCAAUCGAUCCGGAAAUUGCCGAUGUCGUCGACUGGAAACAUCACGCGUGUCGGCGAACAUGCAAGGAUGGCAUAGUACCUCUAGACUGCUAUUAUACUUUUAAGUUGGAAUCUUACUACACGAUGAGCAAAGCAUGCUAUGAUUGCCCUUUCAAUAUUACGGAUUGCUUCAGACCUCACUGCAUCCCAGCGGAUGGCAUGAAGCGAUCUCUCAUGGUCGUUAAUCGCCAAAUGCCAGGUCCGUCAAUUGAAGUUUGCCAAGGCGACAAAAUAAUAGUUGAUAUGAUCAACUUAUUACACACAGAGAGCACUACAAUGCACUGGCAUGGACAACAUCAUUUUGCCACACCAUAUAUGGAUGGUGUACCCCAUGUAUCGCAAUGUCCUAUCCUUCCUGGGGCAACCUUUCGAUAUAAAUAUAUUGCCACUGAAGCCGGCACACAUUUCUGGCAUUCUCAUAUAGGAUUUCAAAGAGGUGACGGCGUGUUUGGUCCAUUAAUCGUUCGUGUACCCCCUAAAGUCGACUGGCACAAAGAUCUGUAUGACUACGAUGAUCAUACGUUAGUAAUAGCCGAUUGGGCUCAUGAAUUGGGUCUCACUAAGUUCCUGGCACAUUAUCAUUCGGACGGUCAUAACAAAGCGCCGAACUUACUCAUAAACGGCCUGGGCCGUUUCAUUGCUAUUAAAGAUGAAAAUGAAACACUGGCCGAUAUGCCUAUUACGACAUUCACUGUGAAACCGGAUUCUCGAUACAGAUUCAGACUUAUUAAUGCAGAAUUCCUGAACUGUCCUAUAGAAGUUUCCGUUGACAAUCAUACCUUGUACGUGAUCAGUUCAGAUGGGCGUGAUAUUAAACCAGUACAAGCCGAAUCGCUGGUGAGUUAUGCCGGCGAGAGAUUUGAUUUUAUAAUCGAGAUGAACCAACCAGUUGACAACUAUUGGAUGAGAUUUCGAGGAUUGAUGGAUUGCGACGAAAGAUUUUUGAGUGCCUAUCAAGUUGCAAUAUUGCGAUAUGAAGGCGCACCUGAAGAGGAACCGGAGGUAGAAGUUUCAUAUGAUCGUGUAAGAAACGAUUCUUAUGGAUUGCAAGUAAAUGCUUUAAAUGAAGGAACUGAAUCGAACAAUAGCAUUAGUAUACCUUUAUUAAAUGCGAUGGACGACGAUGACGCUUCCAACACCAGAAAACCUGAUUAUCAAUUUUAUAUAUCAUACGAUUUUUACGGAAAAGAUAACCCGAAUUUUCAUCGAAAAAAUUUGUAUGGCUUUCAGCAAGCAAAACAUAAAGUGUUUACACCACAAUUGAAUCAUAUAUCGAUGAAGUUACCGCCAUUUCCACUCUUGCCUGAAAGAGACUUAAUUAAGCCGGAUCAGUUUUGCAACGCCAGCACAGUUAAAGGAUGCGAGAAUGAUUAUUGCGCUUGUACUCACGUGCUUCAGGUUAAGCUUAAUAGCGUGGUAGAACUGGUUCUGAUUGACGAAGGAGUUCCGUAUGACGCAAAUCAUCCCUUCCACCUUCACGGAUAUCAGUUCCGCGUCGUGGCUAUGGAGAGGAUAGGAUCUAAUACUACCGCUGCUGAAGUGAGGGAAUUAGACAGGCAAGGUUUGAUAUAUAGAAAACUCGCACGGGCACCUCUGAAGGACACAGUGACCGUGCCCGACGGUGGUUACACCAUUGUGCGAUUUUACGCUGAUAAUCCAGGAUAUUGGCUGUUCCAUUGCCACAUUGAGUUUCACGCGGAGAUAGGAAUGUCGCUAAUCUUCAAAGUUGGCGAAAAUGAAGAGAUGCCGCCGGUGCCCCGUGAUUUUCCUAAAUGCGGUGACUGGAAACCGAUAAACGAUAAUAAUGACAAGAAUUCGGAGAGUAGUACAAUUUUAACGAUGACCGAAAAUAAGGAAUCAAAACUUGAUGAGCGUCUCACAAGCAUGAUAAAGCAAUUCUCAAUAUAUAUGACGUAUUUUGAGCAGCUCUUGAAAGCACAGACAUCCUCGGCGUCCAAUUCGAGUAUAACAUUGCUGGUUUUUAUUACUUGUCUUUUGAGCUCUGUGAUUCAUGUACAAACAUUUUAAGUCUCAUCUAAAUAUCGAACUUUAAACGAAAUAUAGAAAUUUAAAUGAUAUUUGCGAUUACGUUAGGCAAUUUUUUAUCGAUGAUGAACGAACGUUACGAUAAUAAAUGACUUAUACUUCUGUGAUAUAACAAUAGAUAUAAUUAUCCUAUAAUUCUCAGAUUGCUGAUUGCACUGUCCGCGACAUAUAUAAUUUCCUAAUUUAACUCUUAUUAAUUUCAGUGACGAUCGAUUUUACAUACAUAGCAUAAUAGAUGUAUUCUCAGUGAGAGUGUCAUGAGAUAAUAUAUUUUAUGAUUCAAAAAAAA